AUGGCGCUGGCCCAGAACCAGGGUGCUGCGCUCGAUCCCAACGCUCCUGCACUACACGACUCGUGUACAGAUUCAACCUCUGCCGCCUCUCCCAGCCUGCCGCGAUACGCUGGCAGCUGCGGUCGGGACACGCCCGCAUGCCGCAUUCCCGGAGGUAGGGGCCUGAAGGUGCUGCAGGGGUGUGGCGCGGCCUUCUUGCACGAAGCAUUCGAGGCGUCAGCUGUGGGAACAGCUGCUGCAGCCUUCUGCAACCGAAUGCAACCCAAGCGGCCGCUAAGAAUCAAGCCAAAACACAUUGAGAAUGUGACAAAUGGCGUGUCAUGA